GGCGUAAUGAGGGAAAACCUGUCAGACACGUUUUUUAUGAUUUCCAUGAAUGGCAGGAGAUGAAAUAGAGGGGGGAAGUGUUAAGCAAACGACUGGUGAUAAAAUACUAUGAGCUAUAAUUAGAAAUCAAAAAUACCUGUAAGACCCAGAGGAGGAACAAGUGAGUAUUUGAUUUCCUUUGGAGUGAAGGGACACAUUUGUCCACAAAGUUCACCUGAUAUGAGGAAACCAAGUGCUGAAUGGAGAGAAGGUUCUUUACGCGCAGCAUACACAGACUCCUCCCAGACUAGCCUGGAAGAAAACCUCUUGUUAGAGUAGGAGCUGGCCACUGACACAGACUCCAUCCGCGCUGACUGAUGCUCAACAACCCCUGAUUGCGCAUUUAUAUCUUGCAGGUAUUUUGUUUUACGCGCAUGCAAAAUGAAGGCUUUUAUUUCCACAGUGACAGUGUUGUGGCUGAUAACAAUACCCUGCAUGGAAGCUAUCCACGGAUUGUACAACUUCGGCCAGCAUGAAUUACUCUACAAAAAGAACAACUGCAAGCCGAUUCCUGCAAACCUCCUCCUGUGCCACGACAUAGAGUACACAGAGAUGCGCCUCCCGAACCUGCUCGGACACGAAACCAUGAAUGAAGUUCUGCAGCAAGCCUCGUCUUGGAUCCCGCUGGUUCAGAAGCAAUGUCACCCCGACACAAGAAAGUUCCUGUGCUCCCUUUUCGCUCCCGUCUGUCUGGACGAUUUGGACGAGCCCAUACAGCCGUGCAGGUCUCUGUGCGAGAACGUCAGGAACGGCUGCGCGCCCGUGAUGUCCGCGUUUGGCUUCCCUUGGCCAAAGAUGUUGGACUGCGACCGUUUCCCACUCGACAACGACCUGUGCAUACCGCCUGCAGGCAUCGACAGCUUCGUGCCAGUCACCAAAGAAGUGCCCAGAGUGUGCGAUGCUUGCAGGGAAACGGAUGAAAAUGACAACGAAAUAGUUGACAACCUGUGUAAGAAUGACUUUGCUCUAAAGAUCAAAGUUAAGGAGAUCUCCUACAUCAACGGUGACACCAAGAUCGUGCCGGAGAACAAGAGCAAGACCAUUUACAAGCUGAACGGCGUGACUGAGCGUGAGCUGAGGAAGACGGAGCUGUGGCUGAAGGACGGCCUGCAGUGCAUCUGUGAGGAGAUGAACGACAUCCACGCUGCCUACCUGGUCAUGGGCCAGAAGAUGGACGGCCAUCUGGUCAUCACCUCGCUGAAGCGCUGGCAGAAGGGACAGCGAGAGUUCAAGAGGAUUUCCCGCAGCAUUCGCAAGCUGCAGUGCUAGGAAGGGGGGACGCGAAACAAAAAAAAACUGCAUGUGUCACUGUUGAAGAAAAAGUUUAGUUGAGCUCUUUCCAAUGAUCCCCUUGCAGUUGUCACACAGGUUUGCUAUUAUAGUUCCUAGAUUCCCCUCUAGAUUCCAGCUAAGAUGUUUCUCCUUGGCCUCAGACAACACACCACUUCCUGUGUUUUACAUUGGUUUGUAGUUAUAAAUGCCCAAUAUCUUAAAGGGAUACGCCACCGUUUGUUGAAAUAGGGCUUAUCACGGUCUCCCCUAGCUGUAGAUAGGUGGGC